AGACAGUUUUAAGUGAACUAUGUGUUAAUUAGAAGAAAUAUAGGAUUUUAAUCUUUGCAGAUCUGCCCCUCCUCCUUCAGUGAUGCCCCUCCCCCUUAAAUGAAGCUCCUCCCUCUUCAGUUCAGCUAUAAAUACUGGAGUAUUCCCAUCAGUCUACAAGUGAAGACGAGCAUCAGAGCAUCAGGAAGAGGUGAUAUCUGAAGGACAGAGAGAAGAUGAGUGAUCCAGAACCCUGCAGAACUGAAGAGGAAGAGGCUGAAGAGCAAACAGACUUUACUGAAGAGAAUGAGGCGAAUGAUGAUGACGGACUUGUAAAAGGCGAGAAAAUCCCUCAUUUAUUGACUGAAGAUGCUUUUGUAAUGAAAAGGGAGAAGAAAUGCUUCACCUGCACUCAGUGUGGAAUAAGUUUUGGAUACAAAAAAACUCUCCAGCUUCACAUGAGGAUUCACACUGGAGAGAAACCGUACACAUGCGCUCAGUGUGGGAAGAGUUUCAGACAUUUAUCAAGCUUUAAUCGACACAAGCUGAUCCACACUGGAGAGAAAACACACGCAUGUGAUCAAUGCGGCAAGACAUUUUUGAGGGCUUCACAGCUGGAGAUCCAUCUGAGAGUUCACACUAAAGAGAAACCGUAUUCAUGCUCUGAGUGUGGGAAGAGUUUUAGACACCAGUCAAGUUUAAAAGACCAUCAGAAGAUCCACACUGGAGUGAAAGAGCACAUGUGCUUUGAGUGUCAGAAGACUUUUGUUACAGAUGGGGUGUUAAAACAACACCAGAGGAUUCACACUGGAGAGAAACCAUACGUGUGUUCACACUGCGACAAGAGAUUCAGACAGUUAUCAAACCUGAAAGCACAUGAGAGGAGUCACACUGGAGAGAAACCGUACAAGUGUGAUCAGUGUCUGAAGAGUUACACACGGUGGUCGCAUCUUAAGACACACAUGAGGAUUCACACUGGAGAGAAGCCGUACACAUGCACUCAGUGUGGGAAGAGUUUCAGACAAUCAUCAGCGCUUAAAAUACACAUGCGCAUCCACACUGGAGAGAAACCGUACACAUGUACAGAGUGUCAGAAGAGUUUUAGUCGAUUAGAAUACCUUAAAUCACACCUGCAGAUCCACAUUGGAGAGAAAACACACACAUGUGAUCAAUGCGGCAAGACAUUUAUGAGGGUUUCAGAGCUGAAGAAUCAUCAUAGAGUUCACACUAAAGAGAAACCGUAUUCAUGCUCUGAGUGUGGGAAGAGUUUUACACAGCAGUCACAUUUAACAACACAUGAGAAGAUCCACACUGGAGUGAAAGAGCACAUGUGCUUUAAGUGUGAGAAGACUUUUAUUACAGCUGGAGAAUUGAAAAAGCAUGAGAGGACUCACACCGGAGAGAAACCGUACACAUGUGAUCAGUGUCUGAAGAGUUUCACACAGUUGUCGCAUGUUAAGAGACACAAGAAAAUUCACACUGUAGAAAAGCAACACACUUGACAUCAAUGAAGCUAAACAGUUUCUCGUUUGUAACGAGGUGGUGGUUGGGCUUUUUUGUAUAGUGCAUAGUGCCCCUAAGUUAUAUAUAACGAUAUAUAUUUAGGCAUGGGACGAUAAUCGUUUUCAAGGUAUACCGCCAUUUGGAAAAGUUAAGGUUUUAAAACCUCCAACAUUGCUGCACAUU